AGACGUGCGUCAUCUUCCCGCGCCGGGGACGGAAGUGCGGUGGUGACCGCUGGCGGGUCGCGCCCACGCUGGGCCGGGAGUCGAAAUGCUUCCCGGUGCCGGGAGUGAGUGAUGAGCUGGCUUCUGUUCCUGGCCCACAGAGUCGCCUUGGCCGCCGUGCCCUGCCGCCGCGGCACUCGCGGGUUCGGGAUGUUCUAUGCCGUGAGGAGGGGCCGCAAGACCGGGGUCUUUCUGACCUGGACUGAGUGCAAAGCACAGGUGGACCGGUUUCCUGCUGCCAGAUUUAAGAAGUUUGCCACAGAGGAUGAGGCCUGGGCCUUUGUCAGGAAAUCUGCAAGCCCGGAAGUUUCAGAAGGGCAGGAAAAUCAACAUGGACAAGAAUCGGAGACGAAAGCCAGCAAGCGACUCCGUGAGCCACUGGAUGGAGAUGGAGAUGGAGAUGAAAGCGCAGAGCCAUAUGCAAAGCACAUGAAGCCGAGCGUGGAGCCGGCGCCUCCAGUUAGCAGAGACACGUUUUCCUACAUGGGAGACUUCGUUGUCGUCUACACUGAUGGCUGCUGCUCCAGUAAUGGGCGUAGAAGGCCACGAGCAGGAAUCGGCGUUUACUGGGGGCCGGGCCAUCCUUUAAAUGUAGGCAUUAGACUUCCUGGGCGGCAGACAAACCAAAGAGCAGAAAUUCAUGCAGCCUGCAAAGCCAUUGAACAAGCAAAGACUCAAAACAUCAAUAAACUGGUUCUGUAUACAGACAGUAUGUUUACAAUAAAUGGUAUAACUAACUGGGUUCAAGGUUGGAAGAAAAAUGGGUGGAAGACAAGUGCAGGGAAAGAGGUGAUCAACAAAGAGGACUUUGUGGCACUGGAGAGGCUGACCCAGGGGAUGGACAUUCAGUGGAUGCAUGUUCCUGGUCAUUCGGGAUUUAUAGGCAAUGAAGAAGCUGAUAGAUUGGCCAGAGAAGGAGCUAAACAAUCGGAAGACUGAGCCAUGUGACUUUAGUCCUUGGGAGAACUUGAGCCAGUGGCGGUCUUGCUACUUGUACUUACUGGUGUGGAAAAUAGCCUGCAGGUAGGACCAUUGCAGUGAUGGGCAGAUGCGUCUUUCACACGGAAUCAGGCACAGUGGCCUUCUGUGACACGUUUUUAUAAAAAAUGGUUAAGUAUAUAAUGAAUUCAACAUCUUUGAGACUGGAGAAUUAUGUGAGAUUUCCGCAUUAUGUUUACUGGGUUCAUUACUGUCCUUGCUUGUUUUAUUGCAGGCAAGCAAGGCAAAUGGCCUAAAAUGCUGUGGCUUAUAUUUUGAUAAGAAAUUAAAAAACCAUUGGUUAAAAGAUGCAACUCAGAAGUCUGGAAGUAUUCUGAAAGCAUCCAUUUACCGUCCAGUCGACAGAAUUGAGUCUCCUGCUUGUGUAGUUGACUUGUGCCCGUGGGUACAUUAGAGAAACAUGCUGCCCAGGGCCUGGGCAGGCAGCUCAGUGGGCAGGAUGUGUGCUGGGUCUCAGCCCCAUGUGCCUGCUUGCUGGGCACUUAGUAUAGGGCAAAGCCUGCCUGCGGCGACCCUGGCUGCCAGGCCAUUCUCUGGGAACAUCUCUUGUAAAGACCAAGAUGCAUACAUGAACUUUCAAAAAUUUAUGUGGCUCCUUUGUUAAAAACUGCGCAAAUUAAAAAAAAAAAAAAAAAAAGAAUGACACCAGCUGGGCACGGUGGCUCACUUCUGCAAUCCCAGCACUUUGGGAGGCCAAGGGGGGCGGAUCACUUGAGGUCAGGAGUUUGAGACCAGCUUGGCCAACAUGACGAAACCCUGUCUCUACUAAAAAUACAAAAAUUAUCCAGGUGUGGUGGCACGGGCUUGUAGUCCCAGCUACUUGGGAGGCUGAGGCACAAGAAUCACUUGAACCCAGGAGGCGGAGGUUGCAGUGAGCCGAGAUUGCGCCAGUACACUCCAGCCUGGGCAACAGAGUGAGACUCUGUCUCAAAAAAAAUAAAAGUAAUAAAAGUUUGACAUGAUUAUUUAUUUAGUUUUAAACCUUUUUAUCAUAAAAACAUACAGGAAGUGACACAAAACAAAUGUAUAGCUUAUUGAAUGAUUAUGAUUGUAAGGUGAAUAACCUUUGUGUCCACCACCUGGGGAAGAAAUAGUACUUUGCCAGAUACCCCAGAAGGCUCUCCAAGUGCCCUGCAGCUGCAGCCUCCUUCUUCUCCCCCUCCUUGCCCCUAGAAGUAAUCCUGACUUUUACAGAAAUGACUUUCUUGGUUUUUUGGUGGCAGUUUAGUCUUGUCUGCUUUUUUAACUACUUCAGUGUCCAUUUGCAGUCCCAUCUGCCUCACUGUUUUCCCUGCCGUUUAUCUGUUGAAGAGCCUGGCCUGUUUGUCCUAUGGCUUCCCACAGUGUAGAUUUUGCUGACCACGUGGUCAUGGUGUAGUUCAGCAUGGCCCUCUAUGUUUCCUGCACAUUGGCAGCUGGGUCCAGAGGCUUGAUGAGCCUCAAAUUUGAUCCCUUUGGCAGGAGAAUAGGUGGUUAGGAGCUUUCCUCAGGAAAGUACCAUGUUGACAGCAGCUGAUGCUCAGUGCCAAGAUCCAUUAAUUAUUUGGGGUUGCAAAAUGGUGGUAUUCUCAUUCUGUCAUUUUGCUUGCCUUUAUUAGCUGGAAUGGUUUUCUAAGAAAGUGUUUUCUUUUUUAUACUUAUUUGGUUACCCAGUGGUACAGUUCAUAUAGGAAGGGCAGGAUAAAUGCUUGAUUCUUUGCUCUUGUACACUAAGUUUUUAAGAUAAUGCAUUAGUUGUCUGUCAAGGAAGGCGAGUGGUGAAGGGUUUUUACGUAUAUACAAGAAUUCAUGGGCUGGGCAUGGUGGCUUAUGCCUGUAAUCCCAGCACUUUGGGAGGCUGAGGCUGGAGGAUCACGUGAACCCAGGAGUUUGAGACUAGCCUGGGCAACGUAGCGAUACCCUGUCUCUACAGAAAAUUACAAUAAAAUCAGGUGGGUGUGGUAGUGCCUGCCUGUUGUCCCAGCUAUUCUGGACAAUCCUCUGAGAUGGGAGGAUCCUCUGAGAUGGGAGGAUCUCCUGGGCCCAGGAGGUCGAGGAUGCAUGAGCUGUGACCGUGCCACCGCACUCCAGCCUGGGCGACAGCAAGUCCUUGUCUUAAAAAAAAAAAAAAAGAAUUUGUGGAGUUAAGCAUAUUUGGUGGGUUUCAAUCCGUUGUGAUUUUUAUCUUUCUUUAGCUCAGACUAGCUUACUCGGUCAGUGAGAGGGAGCCUCUUCAGCUUGGCUCUUGAUUUCUUUUGAUAAGUGUGCACACGUGUGCAUACAUGUGUGCACAGACCACAUGCACAGUCACUGAUAGCUCCCUGCAGCCUGGCAUGUCAAGAUGCUCUAGGCCCAUUUUAUACAGCUUCUGCUCCAAACCUGUCUUAAAAGAAAAACUUUAGACAAGUUAGCAGUUUAAUUGAGCAGAAAAUCGUUUCUUCAGCUGGGUAGCACUCAGGACCAAAAGUGGUUCAGAACGCUCCCCUGUGCGUUGUGUGCAGGCUGUAUUUAUUUAUAGCCACAGGAAGGGAAAGACACACAUACAUGGCCAGACUGACUGCAGGUCAGCCUCCACCUCACAUAGGUAUGUUUUGGCAGCCUUCAGCCUGUGAUUGGCGAGACUCUGCUGCUUGUUACAGAAGUGUACUCUCAAGUCACGUCCCAGUUCGUUUAUACAUUAAGUGAGGUUGUAAGUCACUAUGUACAGAGGCAGUUUUAGGCCAAACUUAAUUCUGUUUAACACUUGGAAUCCAUUAUUUUUCCCAGAGUCUCUGGUAGAGAUGGUAUUUCAGAUCCAGUUUAGGAUGCUCAUUGCUGUCGGGUUGGUCAUUGUUUCUAGAUUUUUGGACAGAGCUUUAAAAAUCAUUGCACACACACAUUUAAAGGAAAAAUAUUUUCUGAGCCUAUAUUGAUAUUCCCAAUACAAAUUCAGGGUCCCGGGGCCUUUACGUAGCCUCUUCUAUAUGAUGUCUGUGUCUCCUGCACUCGGAAUCCUGCUUCUCAAGACACAGGACGAUGGCAUGGAAUAUCCCGUAAUCACUCACUUGUUUUAUUCCUCUUUAGCAUU